GUUGUGUAAGAUCUAGCGACGCCGCUAACUGGCUGGCUUUGUAGGAUCUUGAUCUAAUGUCGCGCGCGCCACUGUGAAAGGUCAUUAAAGUGGUUCCGCGUUUCUGUGAGAGUUGUGACUCGGUCAGGGGGACGCGCGCCCCCGUAGGACUGAACUUUGAAAGGCGCACGCGCUAUGGAACGUCUGGACCGCUUGUCUUCCCUGAUUCAGAGGAAGUUUUUAAAUGAAACUUUCCGUCGCCACUUCUGUGUAGUGCUGGCUUGUAUAGUGGUGGGCGGCUCAAUUGUGAAGGAGUUCUCGCCGUUGCCGGACACUUAUCUAAGCAACAAACGGAACUUUCUCAAUGUGUACUUCGUGAAAUUUUCCUGGGCAUGGACAUUCUUUCUCCUUUUGCCUUUUAUUACACUGACAAAUUAUAUACUUACUCAAAGCUCAACAGAGGUUCUACGUCGAUUAAUGUCGUUAUUUGUGGGAACAGUCAUUUGGUUCAUCUGCACAAAAUUCUUUAUGUUUAUUGAGAAUGUUACUGGGAGUUGUUAUACUUCACAGUUGAUAUCAGACAUAAAACAACCUGCUGAUAAAAGAGAGUGCAUGUUAAAAGGUGGCACAUGGCAUGGAUUUGACAUAUCUGGACAUUCUUUUUUACUUCCAUACUGUGUUCUAAUUAUAUUGGAAGAAACUGUUGUUAUACACAACUUAAGACUUGAUGGACACUGGAAGAAAACAAUCAUAAAUGCUCUGUUUGUAGCAUUGGGUUUAUUGUCUUUGAUUUGGGUUUGGAUGCUUUUUUGCACAGCAAUUUAUUUUCAUGAUUUUUGGCAAAAAAUCAUAGGAGCUGGCUUUGGUAUACUAGGAUGGUUUGUGACCUACAAAUACUGGUACGUUAGGACUUUUUCUCCGGGCCUCCCUCCUGCGAGUGCAAAUCGGAGGCUAAAACAAAAGAACUACAGCAAUUAAUAUUUAGCUGCAUGUGCCAGCUCAUUUAAUACAUAUUUGUUAGUUUUAAUUUAUUUUGAUAACUUAAAACCAGUAUAGCUAAUUUACUUUGAACAUUUUGUUUGCUGACACAAAGCAAAUGCAUGUUGCUUGUAUAAAAACACUACAUUUAGUUGUGAGUUUUGUAAUCUCAUGAAUUACUUAUUCCAUUUAUGAAUCAAAGGAAAAAGUCCUUAAUUAUAAGUAUUAAAGUUUUCCCAAUAAUGCAUUAUUAUUGUAACAAAAUAUGUUUAGCGUAAACCACUUUCUGUUCAUGUUUUUUUUUUUUUUUUUAAUAUUAAGGAUGGGCAAAGAAAAAAUAUUAUUUUGCUAACCAUCAGAUCUGUAGGUCUACUAUAGCUGAUCUCACUGCCUGCUAAUAAAAGAUCACGUUUGAUCAGAUAGCAUUUUGAGCAUAUAUUAGGAAUAUAUAAUUCUGAUGAAUACAUUAGUUUUUGUGGUAGACCUUACAACAUAUGCUAAAAUAAUUAUAUUGCAGAUAUUUGUUACCUUCUCAGUGUUGAUUAUUUUUUUCCUAGUGGGUCGUUCAACACAGAGCAUAUUAUCAGCAAAAAGCACUGCAUUGCAGAAUAAAUGUUUUAAAUCAUGUAACACUAAUAUUGUUAGCAAAAAUGUCAAUGUUUUUUGCAACUCAAGACUAGAUCAUGAAUACACCCCUUAAAAAGCCUAGUGGAAUCCAUGAUCCUAGUCUUCUUUGCUACAUCAUAUUAGGGACAAAUUUAAAGGGACACUGAACCCAAAUUUUUCUUUUGUGAUUCAGAUAGAGCAUGCAAUUUUAAGCAACUUUCUAAUUUACUCCUACUAUCAAUUUUCUUCGUUCUCUUGCUAUCUUUAUUUGAAAAAGAAGGCAUCUAAGCUUUUUUUUGGUUCAGUACUCUUGACAGCACUUUUUAUUGUUGGAUGAAUUUAUCCACCAAUCAGCAAGAACAACCCAGGUUGUUCACCAAAAAUGGGCCGGAAUCUAAACUUACAUUCUUGCAUUUCAAAUAAAGAUACCAAGAGAAUGAAGAAAAUUUGAUAAUAGGAAUAAAUUAGAAAGUUUCUUAAAAUUUCAUGCUCUAUCUGAAUCACGAAAGAAAAAUUUGGGUUCAGUGUCCCUUUAAAUGAACCUGUGCUCGUGCGAAUCACUGUGUAGAAUGUUGUAGUAGCUGGUACAUUUCUUAUACCUAAGUAUGAUGCCAGGCUCUCUUUAGGGAGUGGAACAAGCAAAAUAAAAUAGAAUUAGUAGGAUCAUUAUGACUAAUACAGGCUCUCCAGGACCAGGACCCUUCAAAAUAAAUUAUGCAUAUUAAGAAGCACUUUUUUUGCAUGAAAAAAGUUGUUUAUUUUCAGUUUUUUAGCUAACAGGAAAUGGACAGUGACACAUCAAUCAUAAAACAAAAUAUUUUUUUUUGGUUUCAGUCUUACCAAAUAUUAAAAACUAUAUAAAAAUAAACAAAGGAGAAAUGUUUUUUUUUUUGUUUGUUUUUGUUUUUUUAAUCUAAAAAAUAAAUUAUUUUUUUGUUUUUAUUCUUGGGAGAGGAUGGGUUGCCAUGGUCCACCAACUGGCCUAAGGUAGACCUCUUGUGCAGUUUCUGUCACUUUCAAAAUCAAAUUCAAUAUAGGUUAUGAAUAUAUAUUUUCCUUUAUGAAACCAUUUAAGAUUAAAUGUUUUAUGUCCCUUUAGAAGAAUGUAGAGAAGUUAUGCGUUUAGUAAAAUUUAUUCCUUACAGUAGGAGGUGACAGAACUUUGGGACAUUUAGAAGCCACCCACAAUCUUUUUGUGCAUGCUAAUUAUGACCCUUGGGGAUUAAUAUCACUAAGGGUGAUGGCAGAAAAACAGACUUCUGCAAAUUUAAAGGGACGGUCAACUCCAAAUUUUCUAUUGUUUAAUAAAAUAGAUAAUCCCUUUAUAACCCAUUACCUAGUUUUACAUAACCAACAUGGUUAUAUUAAUAUACUUUUUACCCCUGUGAAUACCUUGUAUCUAAUCCUCUUUUGACAGCCCCCUGAUCACAUGGCUAUUUAUUUAUUAUCUAUUGACUUGCAUUUUAGCCAAUUAGUGCAGUGUCGGCCACAACUCCACAGGCAUGAGUACGAUGUUAUCUAUAUGGCUCACAUGAACUAGCAGUCUCCUGUUGUGAAAAGCUAAUAAAAACAGCAUGUGAUACAAGGCUGUCUGUAGUGGCUUAGAAACAGGCAGAAAUUUAGAGGUUUAAAUGUUAUAAAGUAUAUUAAUAUAACAAUGUUGGUUGUGCAAAGCUGGGGAAUGGGUAGUAAAGGCAUUAUCUAGCUUUUUAAACAAUAACAAUUUUGUUGUUUACUGUCCCUUUAAAGAGAUGGUAAAUACUAGUGCUUCAAAAACACUAGGACUUGCCAUCACUAAAAAUAAAUAGGACCUUCAGUCACCACUUUAUAAAAAAAAAGUGUGCUAAACUUACCCCUUCUGUGCCGCAGCCUCCUCUCUAAACUCAGUGGCUCCUGCCACGCAGGUCACAGCACUCUGAGGGGAUGUUUUCACCUCUAAACCAAUAGCCUUGCUAGCAUACAGAACAGUGCCAUAUGACUAACACAGGGCCGGCCUAGGUGUUCAGGCACCCUGUGCGGGCGAUAGGGAUAGAGGGGCAGAGAGUUAGGGAUCGGGCAGGGACAAAGGGAUAGAGGGACAGGGACAUCAGCACCCCCUGUGAGACCCAUCAGCACCUCCUGUGAGACCCAUCAGCACCCCCUGUACCACCCAUCAGCACCCUCCGUAAGACCCAUCAGGUCUUCAGGCACCCUGUGCAGGUUACCUACGUGGCGCCCCCCCCCCCCAUUCACCUUAAUAUCAACAAAAAAGGAGAGGGACGGGGACAGAGAAAUAGGGAUAGAGGGGCAGAUAGCUAGGGUCAAAGGAUAGGGAUCGGGCAGGGACAUAGGGAUGGAAGGACAGGGACAUCAGCACCCUCUAACACCCAUUAGCCAAAGCGCACCGCCUUUAACCGCCUUAGCCCCCCCGUAACCUGCGUCAGCCACAGUGCCCCACGGUAACUCAGCGCAAUGGCGCAAUUUAGAUGUAGGUUGGCAAAUCAAACUGACUACGGACCAAUCGGAUAAAACAUUGGAAAUAGGCAUUACUACAUUAUCUGAUUGGUCUGUGUGUCUGUGAAGUCACUGGCUGGACAACCAAUCGGAUCAUGUUGCUAGUGUGCCGCUAGUGCUUUGUGCUCACACCCCAAGCCUUCCACUGUAGUACCUGUACUGUUUACUUACACGUUACACUUGAGCAUGCACCCGCCGCCCUCGGUAAUAAAAAAGCGAAUUAAAAAAAAAACUGCUUUCAACCCUGCAAAUCACCGCCUAAAAAAAAAAACUGCCUUCAAUCCUGCAAAUUAGGCGCCCUCUGGGAUGUUGCGCCUUGUGCCACCGCACAGGUCGCACACCCCAAAGGCCGGCCCUGGACUAACACAACUAUUGAUUUAAAGGUGGAAACAUCACCUAAUUGAAAAAAUAAUGCUGUGCUGUGGGUGGCCAGAGCCGCAUAGUUUAGCGAGGAGCCCACGGCACAGAAAGGGUAAGCUUAGCACACUUUCUUUUUUUAAAGUAGUGACUGAAGGUCCUAUUUAUUUUUAGUGAUGGUAUGUCCUAACGUUUUUGAAACACUAGGAUUUAUCAUCACUUUAAGUUUGCAGAAGACGUCUGUAAAAAUAUCUUCUGUGCCUUGAAAUACAAACGGAGAAUGAUGGGUAACAUCUAAAAUGUAUCCAAAAAUUACAUUACUAUCAGUUUCACCUUCAAUUUUUGUUUCUACUGUUCCUGGAAGCAACUAUUCAAAAAGUUUCAAGUAUAGAGAAAGACUGCUAUAUAAACACAAAAUUCAAUACUGUGCAUAAAAACAGGUUAGAAAACUGCCUCUAAGUUAACCUUUCCGCUACCGAAAAAUCUUGCCCAUAGUACUGUACUUGAGAAUUUUUAGCAUCUUGGCAAAACAUUUAUUUUUUGUAAUUUAUUUAUAGUUAGGGGUUAAUGAACCUGACUGGCGCCAUUUUGUCUUUUGCAUCCAUCUUGUAAUGAUUAAACUUUAUUAUAAUGGGUUAUUCUGUAGUGAGAAAUAUAUGCUUGUUAUUUUACUCUACUAAGCCAGCUAACCUUGUAGAUGUCCCGGGCACUAGGCCAGGAAGGGUACUAUCUCUAAGAUGUUCAAACGACCUUAUUGUUAUCGCAGAUGGAUUGCUUAUUAUGACUAUAGAUAUUGUUUAGAGCUAGUGAAUUUCCAGAAUAACACUGUGUAUAACUGUGUAAAAUGACACGGCCAUAACGUGUCCUCAAAUUAACCGUAUCUGCUGUUACUGUAGUCUAUAACACAUGUGUGUCUUUCAAUAAAGAACAAUAGUUUUUGGAUCA